AUGAACUCCAUUCGCGAGGUCCAGAAGCUCAAUAAGCUCGAGCUGGAAAAUGCAGUACCUCCGGAAGCGUCAUGGCACGCAGACUACCGAGACACCGCGUAUAUCUACAUCGGCGGACUACCAUUUGACCUGUCAGAGGGCGACAUCGUAACAAUCUUCUCUCAGUACGGUGAACCAGUCAACAUCAAUCUAGUCCGCGACAAGGAAACGGGCAAAAGUCGGGGAUUCGCCUUCCUGAAAUAUGAAGACCAGCGCAGCACAGAUCUGGCCGUCGAUAACAUGGGCGGAGCAACCGUCAUGGGCCGCAUGCUACGAGUCGACCAUACACGAUACAAGAAACGCGACGACGAUGAGGAAGGCGACAAUGUCGCUAAACUCAUGGGCGAUGCGGCGAUCGAUGAGAACAAGAAAGAUGACGAGGAUCGGUCCAGUCGGCGGAAACGGAUAGGCCAUGGAGAUGAAAAGGAAGAACAGCGCCCAAUGCUCAAGGAGGAGAAGGAACUGCAGGAUCUCAUCCAAAACCAUGAUGAGGAAGACCCGAUGAAAGAAUUCCUUAUUAAGGAAAAGAAGGAAGAAGUUGCGCUCGCCAUUGAAAGGUAUCAGAGCGAGAAGAAAAGGUCUUCUCGACGUCGCGAUGACAGCAGGGAGCGUUCAAGCAGACAUUCCCGUCGCCAUCGCUCUCGUACCCCCGAGCGGCACCGGCGCCAUCGUUCGUCAGACCGAGAUCGCGAGAGAAGGCCGCGCCGCCGGUCUACGGAAAGGGACGACAAGGACAAGUCGAGACGAGAGAGGGAUCGCACCCCAGGGAGAUCUCGCUCACCACCAUCUCGCAAACACCGCAGUGAUCGGGACAGAGACGACCGUCGCCGCUGA